AUGGUUGCAGAAGCAGCUCGAUUUGAGUACAUAUCAUACCGGGUUCGUGUCAACAUCCGAACUGGUACCCCGUUUCUACCUGAUUCUCCGAUGUUAAGUUUGGAGAACAAUUGGCGUAGUCUAUCAAGAGCUGUUCAACAAUCACUGCAAGGUACUUUUCAAAAUAAUGUCACCUUAACAAAUCAUCGCGGAGAACCUGUUAUUGUAAAUUCUUUGUCCAGUAUUGUUCCCAUUCUAGCACUGAUGCUUUUUGUCUGCAAUCCAAAUGCAAACCAAUCACCUCUAGUAAUAAGAUCAGUCGUGGAAAGAUCAGAGACGUGCAAUCCUUCUGAACCAACUGUACACAUUGCUGGUCGAGAUGGGAUGUGCGUGGAUGUGUCUGACAAUGCCUAUAACGACGACAAUCCUAUCAUAAUGUGGAAAUGCAAAGACCAAGAGAAACAGCUGUGGACCUUGAAACAAGACAAGACGAUAAGGUCCAAGGGGAAGUGUUUAACUACAUACGGUAAUGCUGUUCCAGAGAAUUAUGUCAUGAUAUUUGAUUGUACCUCCGCAGCAGCAGGGGCCACUACUUGGGAGAUAUGGGACAAUGGAACUAUUAUCAAUCCAAGCUCUGGCUUGGCCUUGAGUGUUGAAUCCAGUGGCAUGGGAAAGACACGUACUGUGCAAACAAACGAAUAUCGAAUGCGACAGGGCUGGCGCACAGGCACUGACACAAGCCCUUUUGUAACUUCAAUUGCUGGGUAUUUGGAUCUCUGCAUGAAAGCUCACGGAAGUAACAUGUGGCUGACUGACUGUGAUAGCAACAAGAAGGAGCAGCAAUGGGCACUUUACCCAGAUGGUUCUAUACGUCCAGUGCAAAACACAAACAACUGUUUAACUUCUGAAGAACACAAAGAAGGAGCUACCAUUGUCAUGAUGGCUUGUAGCAAUGCAUGGGUUAGCCAACGAUGGGUGUUUAGAAAUGAUGGUACCAUCUAUAGUUUAUACGACGACAUGGUGAUGGAUGUGAGACGCUCUGAUCCAAGUCUUAAACAGAUAAUCCUUUGGACAUGGACUGGUAACCCUAACCAAAAGUGGGUUACUUUGUUUUAA